CCGCCGGCCUAUGUUGGCGCGCCUGGAAGCGACUCGCCCGUAGCGUUCACAGGCCUCUCCCAUGGCGCCGCCCCUCGCCGCCGCCCUCCGCCGCCGCCUCCUCCUCCUCCGCCGUUUGCCCCUCCUUCCCUCCCGCCACCUUAGCCUCUCCACCAGCCACUCCUCCUCCGACCAAAGCGACAUCGAGUACGGCCACCCUAUCCCCCCUGCCCCCGGUGACGACGGCGAGCUCACCUCCUUCCUCCGUCAAAUCUCCCACGCCUCCUCCGUCGCGUCUUCCCCAAAGGACGCCCUCUCCCUCCUUCUUUCCUCCUCCUCCGGCCCAUCGCCGGCCUCUCCCUCGCUCGUCCGCGCGCUGUGGGAACUGCGCCGCGACCCGGAGGCAGUGGCGCUCGCGCUUCGCUGGGGCGACGAGUGCACCGCCGCGUCCGGGGCUGAGGGGGCGGGGGCCCUGCCGGCCGAGGCGUGGCACCUGGCCAUAUGGUCUGCGGGGAGGGCUGGGCGAUUCGACCUCGCGUGGGCGGCCGUGCGGCGGAUGCAGCGCCGUGGGGUGCUGACCCGCCGUGCCAUGGUCAUCUUGAUGGAGAGGUAUGCAGCUGCCAAUGAAGUGAAGAAAGCAGUCAAGACCUUUGAUGUGAUGGAGAGGUUUAAAGUGGAAGUGGACCAAACUGUAUUUUAUUCCCUUCUUCGUGCUCUUUGCAGAAGUAAAAACAUAGAAGAUGCUGAGGAGUUGCUUCUUGCAAGAAGGAAAUUUUUCCCACUCACAGCAGAAGGUUUCAAUAUAAUACUUGAUGGUUGGUGUAAUAUAUUCACCGAUGUGGCCGAAGUAAAGAGAAUUUGGAGAGAAAUGUCAAAUUGCUGCAUUACUCCUGAUGGUACAUCUUAUGCUCUCAUGGUCUGUUGUUUCUCUAAGGUAGGGAACCUUUUUGAUACUCUGAGGGUUUAUGAUGAGAUGAAGAAGAGGGGUUGGAGUCCUGGUAUUGAUGUCUAUAACCAACUUAUUUAUGUUCUGACAAGAGAGAAUUGCGUGAAGGAUGCAAAAAAUGUUCUCAGUAAAAUGGUAGAUGAAGGUUUCCAACCGGAUGUUGAAACAUACAACAGUAUUAUAGUUCCACUUUGUGAAAGUUGCAAGCUUGACGAAGCGCGGAAGAUAAUGGAAGAUAUGAAAAUGAAGGGCAUUGUUCCAACCAUUUCGACGUACCAUGCAUUUUUGAAACAGGAAGGCAUUGACGAAACACUGCAGCUACUGAAGAAAAUGAAAGAAGAUGGCUGUGGCCCUAACGGUGACACAUUUCUCAUGCUCAUUGAUAAGUUUAUCCAACUGAAUGAGUCUGGAAAUGCUCUGAGGGUGUGGACUGAAAUGCGAAGAUACGACAUUAGUCCUGGUUACGCACACUACAUGGCAGUGGUCCAAGGUUUGGUUAAACAUGGAUGUAUACCACGAGCUUUGGAGUAUUAUGAUGAAAUGAAGGCAAAUGGUUUUGCUUCUGACCCAAUACUUGAAAAGGAAUUCAAAACCUUUCUAUUGGCCAACAGAGACCAUUGGAGAGGAGCAGGCAAAUACAAUCUAAUUCCACAGCGUACCAAACAUUUUACAAGCAGGACAAGAAUUCCAUAACACACGUGUCACUGUUAAGGGGCUUCUUUGUACGGCAAAAGUAAAUGCGAACACAUGUGAUUGUGAGAAUUGCAGUAGGCAGAGGAGAAACUAAAUAUUGCCGCUUCUCCAUGCUGCCCAAGAUGUUUUCACACCUCUGAAGAUGCUGAACAACUCCUCAUCAGUUGCCACAAGGCCACUCGGAUUUGGCAUCACCUCGGGAUCACUCCUUCUGACUGCUUCCAGGAUCUAUGGUGUACUGUACUCCCAUCCCAGCUCACCUCAAUAACUGUGCGUGGCCAGAAGUGGUGCUUUCCAUCCUUUGGAAGAAAAUAUGGAAAUCAGAGGAAUGUAACUGCCUUCAGAAACGAAGACCACUCCUCUGCUACUACUAUUGGGAACAUUUGUUCUGACUUUGAAUUGUGGCCUUUUAGGUUUAAAGAUCUGGUUAGUAAUUCAGCCGCCUGAUCUUGGCGCGACUACCUCCCCUUAUGGCUUGCAGUGCCUCUGUAACUCUUAGCCCUCUGGCUACUUUUUAAUCCUCUCCCUCGUGAUUUCUUCAACAACAACAGAAAAAAGACAGUAGGCAGAGGAACUGGGAUUUUCUUUCUAUGUAAGAAAUCCUCUUAGAAGAAGGCCUGUGAUUAUACCAGUGACCAACUAACUGAAUGAAAAUAGGUACUGGAUCCAUUUAGUGA